UCUUCACAGCUCCAGGCCCAGGCCCUGCUGCCCUCCUGCAGACAACACAGCCAUGGUCUCUGUGCCCUGACCCUGCAGAAGCUCAUGGGGAGCCCCAGAUUGGCAAGCUUGUUCCUGCCUCUCCUCUUACUGCUCUUCAGCCUGUCUGUGUCUGCUGAGGCUGGCUGUCUCUCCCGCUGUCUCCUGGCUUCCCAUGUGGAUAAGAAUUCCACCGGAAGUUCUGCUCAAACUCCCUGCCCUACCCUCCUAGCCAGGAAGCCUUGGUACUGGCCCUGCUGUUUGUGCCUGCGUCUGGUGUCACGUCCUUCAGGACUUCAGUGGGGCAGGUUCCCUCUCUUGGUGGAGAAAUCUAAAAGUCCUCAUAAAUUUGAAUUCUACUGGAAGCAUAGGACGCCAGCACCCUCCCAGAGGAAGCUGCUAGGCAGCCUUUCCCUGUCUCCGGAAGACCAUAGCAUUUCCAACCCCUCCCCAGCCAUCUCCCACAGAGGGCCACGCUGCAAACGGACCCAGCCUUCGGAUGCAGGAGGAGUAGAACAUCUUCCCAGAGCAGGUUCACAGAAGCGUGGAGGACCUGAAUUCUCCUUUGAUUUGCUGCCUGAGGCACAGGCUAUUCGGGUGACUAUUCCUCCAGGCCCAGAGGCUAGUGUGCGUCUUUGUUACCAGUGGGCACUGGAGUGUGAAGACAUGAGCAGUCCCUUUGAUACCCAGAAAAUUGUGUCCGGGAGCCACACCGCAGACCUGCCUUAUGAAUUCCUCCUGCCCUGCAUGUGUAUAGAGGCCUCCUAUCUGCAAGAGGACACUGUGAGACGCAAAAAGUGCCCCUUCCAGAGCUGGCCUGCAGCCUAUGGCUCGGACUUCUGGAAGUCAGUACACUUCACUGACUACAGCCAGCACAAUCAGAUGGUCAUGGCUCUGACACUCCGCUGCCCACUGAAACUAGAGGCCUCCCUCUGCCAGAAGCAGGGCCCACUCUUGCCCUGUGAAACCCUCACCAAUGCCACAGCACAAGAGUCAGAAGGAUGGUAUGUCCUGGAGAAUGUGGACCUGCACCCCCAGCUCUGCUUUAAGUUUUCUUUUGAAAACAGCAGCCAUAUUGAAUGUCCCCACCAGAGUGGGUCUCUUCCAACCUGGUCUGUGAGCAUGGAUACCCAGGGCCAACAACUGACGCUGCACUUUUCCUCAACAACAUAUGCUACCUUCAGUGCUGCCUGGAGUAAUCCAGGCUUGGGACUGGAUACCUUGAUGCCGCCUGUGUACAGCGUCAGCCAGACCCAGGGCUCAGUCCCAGCGACUUUUGAUCUCAUCAUUCCCUUCUUGAAGCCAGGGAGCUGCAUCCUGGUGUGGAGAUCAGAUGUCCAGUUUGCCUGGAAGCACCUUUUGUGUCCUGACGUCUCCCAUAGACACCUGGGCCUCUUGAUCCUGGCACUGCUGGGCCUCACCACUCUACUGGGCAUAGUUCUGGCGCUCCUCUGCCGGCGCCUACUGCCAGGCCCAGGCCAAGCGCGGCCAAUUUUGUUGCUGCACGCAGCUGACUCAGAGGCGCAGCGGCGCUUGGUGGGAGCAUUGGCCGAACUGCUGCGGACCGCGCUGGGUGGUGGGCGCGAUGUCAUCGUGGAUCUCUGGGAGGGGACACACGUGGCACGCAUUGGACCACUGCCAUGGCUCUGGGCGGCGCUGGAGCGUGUGGCGCGGGAGCAGGGCACGGUAUUGCUGUUGUGGAACUGUGCAGGCUCCAGCCCCGCCAGCAGCGGAGACCCGCACCCGGCGUCCAUUCGCACCCUCCUCUGCGACGCUCCACGCCGGCUGCUGCUUGCCUACUUCAGUCACCUCUGCGCCAAAGGCGACAUCCCCCAGUCUCUGCGCACUCUGCCCCGCUACCGCCUGCUUCGUGACCUGCCACGCCUGUUGAGGGCGCUGGAUGCUCGGCCUGCCACCCUAGCCACCAGCUGGAGUCACAUUGGGGCUAAGCAGUGCUUGCAAAGCCGCCUGGAGCUGUGUCACCGACUGGAACUCGCUGCCAAAGUUGACUACCAAGCUUCAACCGAUCAUCCCUGCGGCUCUGGUUGUUUGUAGCCUCAGCCUAUGGAGCAAUAGCUGAAACUCCAGAAUGAGGCCUCAAACUUGUACUCUUUGGGGUACUUCUUGCCCCCAAAAACUGUAAGACUCACCCCAGGCCCCAGACUUGUCCAGCUUCCCUCUCACAUUUGCUCCCUCUCAGAGUCCCUGAGAGGAAGCUGGGCCCUUUCUGAGGAGGAGUGACGAUUUCUCCGUUUCCUUUUAACACGCAGAGAGAGCCACUGGCACCAUGCAUUCUAGUCCAGGCUGGAGAGUUGGGCCGGGGUUGGGAGGCAGGUCUUAUCUGUCAAGAUCUUGAGGGUGGUUCUGCAGCGUUGAGAGAAGCCCCCUUCCUUGUAAGCAAGGAGUCAGUCACCCUUUCCCAGAGAGAG